UUAUUUGCUAACCCCUUUUUAUCUAUUUAAUUACCCACUUAAUCGCCCUCCUAAUCUCACUUGCUGUAAUAGCCACUCCCUCUUCGAACUGCCGCCGUAACCAUCCUCUCCUCCCCUCCUCCCUCCUCCUCCCUCAAGGUCCUCUCCCCUUCUCUCUCUACUCUACUCUACUCUCUCUCUCUCUCCCCUCCGCGACAUUCAUGUGGCCACCGUCGUGGUUGAGCUCCCCUCGAACUCGAAGAAUCGCCACCGCGCCCAGAUCCCCGAGUUCCCGGAGCUUCUCCUGCUCAUCCUUCAAGGACAUCCAAACCCUCCUCUCCGACGACCAACCCGAACCCAGAUCCGGAUCCACGCCCCGCAGCCCCUCCAUCUUCCACCGGGUCAGGGUCUCCGCCUCCGUCCUCCGCGCCUGGGCCCAAGCCCAAGCCCACCGCGGCGUCGACGUCCAGCCGCCGCCCGGCAAGCACCCCUGCGGCUCCGAUCUGACCGUCGUCCUCUACUUCACCAGCCUCCGCGUCGUCCGCAAGACCUUCGAGGACUGCAGAGCUGUGCGAUCGAUCCUCCGCGGGUUCCGCGUCGCGAUCGACGAGCGAGAUCUGUCCAUGGACGCGUCCUACCUGGGCGAGCUGCAGGGGAUCGUCGGGCGCAAGAAGGUGAGCCUCCCCUGCGUCUUCGUCGGCGGGAGGCUCGUGGGCGGGCUCGAGGAGGUGAGGCAGCUCCACGAGAGCGGCGAGCUGAAGCGGAUGAUCGCGGGGAUGCCGGCGGCAGCGUCUGCGGCGUGCGACGCCUGCGGGGGGCUGAGGUUUGCGGUGUGCGAGGAGUGCAGCGGGAGCCACAAGAUCUACAGCGAGAAGACGACCGGGUUCAGGACUUGCCCGGCUUGCAAUGCGAACGGCCUCAUCAGGUGCCCCUCCUGCACACCCCCAUGCUUCCGAAGCUUCAAGCCAUAGCCGAUGAAGGUUGCAUUUUUAUCUUUU